UGAUUCCCAGAACACAAAGCACGCGAAACUGCAAGUUUAAAUAUCAAAAAGUAAUGAAUCCACUUGGUUAAAACAAAACAGAGAUGGAGAACAAUACGCCGUCCUCCUCGGCGCCACCGAUCUCCGCCGGUACCGGCGGUAAAUUCCGAAAACCUCCGGUAUCAAGGAACCGUCCGUCAACUCCUUACGACCGUCCUCCGUCACUGCCUACUGCUAGUUACAAAUCGAACGACGAUGACGGUGGUGGUUGGUUGUCGAAGCUUGUUGUCACUCCUGCUCGCCGUUUCAUUGCCAGUAGCGCCACCAGAAUACUUCCGGCCUUGUUUUCUAAAUCGGAACCUUCAGUUGCCGACGAGUAUGACUAUGAUUCGUCUGAUGAUGAAGAUGUAGAUGAAACUGUAAAUGCACUUGGUGAUGCUAAACCUACUUUGGAGCUUGUAAUAGCCAGUUCAAGUAGAGAUACAGGCCCUAGUAAUGAAAGGGAUAAAUUGAAGGGGAUCUCAGAUAAUGCCAAUAUUCAUCUCGAUAAAUCUAGUGGUGACAUCGAUCAAAUUGUGAAUAUGCUAAAAGGGAAACAGUUGACUCGGGAUGAAAGCAAUCGUUUGAUGGAGAUAUUGAAAUCUAAAUUGGUUGAUGAUUCUAAUGCUGAGUUGGAUCAUCAAAUCCCGUCUAUGGGGAAGCAAUAUGAUGUGGAAACCCCAAUGCCUCAUUUGCAAUCAAAUAUACAAGAUGAAGUUGCUGCUUCACCAAUAGAUCUUGCUAAAGCUUAUAUGGGAAGUCAGGCAUCAGAAUUAGGUUUUAAUACUCACAGUAACGUAUCAACAGAUCGUAGGGAACAUGAACCCAGUAAUCUUUUUCCUUCAAAACCACAUUCCUUCACACCGUCAUCAAAAUCAUCCACUUGUUGGCCCGGUGCCAUGGUACAAGAUCACCGUGCUUAUUUGACCCCACAAACUCAAAGAAGCAGACAUGGGCUUCAUAGUUUCCCACGAACGCCGUAUUCUAGAACCAAGCCAAAACUGAACCAGUUACAAGGGAAUACCAGGUCUUCUAAUACGUCUCUGACCACAUUACAACAAUCACACACUCCUAAUCCUCGGCAGAUGAAGACAAGUAGUGAUGUCACCAAUGGUGGGUAUGGAUCAGUGGGUCCUAUUCGUCGUAUUCGGAACAAGCUUACCUCUGAACCUCACUCGGAAGGACCUAGAACUUUUUCUUCUGCUCAAAUUGCCUCUUCCUCUAAUGCUCCUAGAAGCUUUGUGCCUGUAUUUAAAAAGAAGUUUUAACUGCUGCCACCCCAAACCUCCAUACGGUAGACAAACAUGAACGGGCUUUUAAAAAUGACGCGAAUUUUGCCGGACCGUCUAAUGAGAUUGUUAGAAAGAUAUUAGACCAGCUUGAUAGACACAAGCCUACCCCUAAAGAAAAGGCAGCUGAAUUGAAGCUAGCAACUGAAUGGAAAAGAUCACCUUCUCAACAUAGUAAUUCAAUAAUGCCCAAUUUUAAAACUUCAAAUGAAGCACCGAAAACAUUUACACCAGUUAAUGAUGCGGGUGCAGGGCCUUCGUUUGGUUUCAAGAAUACGGGUGUUACAAAUGAGAAGUCUACAGCCACCAACUUCAACGAAAAAGAAAAAAGUCAACCAUGGUCAUUUGGCAACCAAAUCAACGGUCAGGAUCUCUCUAGGAAGAGGCCAUCUCAACCUAUCUUGAAGCCCAUUUCCUUCAAGAGGCCAGACCCACAACAUGUUAUAUCAUCUGAUAAUGGCCCUGGGUUCACCUUCCCUUUCACUGUCAAUGCCAGCUCAACAUCAGAGCCGCUUACACCAUCCAUUAUGCCGUCUUUCCCACCAACUGCAGCAGCUCCCCAGUCGAAUGAAAUGCAUGUUAUACCGACUUACAGUUUUGGAACAAAGAACUCGGGUGAACGUGUUGUUUUCAGUUUCCCCUCUACGAGCAGUGCUCCUGUUGACGAUGGUGCGUCUAAUCUUAAGUUCAACUUUGGGUCGGAUAAGAAGAGCGUAUCUUUUGGUUCGAUAGGCAGUGAUGCCAUUGUUAGGUAGUCUAGCAAGUGUUGGUUUUUCUUAUCUUUCAUAGUGUCCGAUUGAUUAUUUCUUACGAUGGGUUAUGUUUGAUGGGGCGGUUUGGUUUCAUCGCAAGUAUAAUAGUAGAGACUCUUAUCGUUGGUAAA